ACUAUCUUUUUUGAUCCCUUUAGAUAACCAGACCAUUGCGAUUCUUACAGCUGUCUUUGUUGCGUCGUUAGUAUUUGCUUUGGUUUUGUUAUUGGGUUUUAUGUACUACCGCCGACGUAAAUAUUACAGUCAUACUAAGAUUGUAAAUCCUUUGAAAGGUCUGAAAUUUGAGUUUGACGCAUUCAUUAUAUACAGUUCCCACGACUCAGAAUGGGUGGUGAAAACCCUUCUUCCGAUUCUUGAGGAAAAGCAUCAGUUAAAGUGUUGUGUACACUACAGAGAUUUCACUCUUGGAAUACCCAUUCGGCAAAAUAUGGUUGACAGCGUCUACAAAUCCAAGAAAACGGUGGCUGUUGUUUCUACUAAUUUUUACAACAGUAACUAUUGCGGGUCUGAGCUGGACUACGCCCUCCACCGACUCAUGGAAAAAAACGAUGAUAGCUUGGUUGUCAUCAAACUUGAUGAUGUUGACAGAAAUAAACUUCCCAAAGAACUACAAAACAGGAGUUAUAUAGAUUAUCCAAAAUCACUUGAAAAAGUAAAUUGGGAGAAAAAAUUGAUUAAAUGUUUAAAGGUCGCUGGUUAACUAGAAAAUUAUCGAACCAUUAUGAAAGCAAGCAUUUUCGAUACGCAACAGGAACAGCUACAUUUAUUUGUAUUCUAACUUUCUUGUAAAUUCAAAAAUAUAUAGCAAAUUGAAUUGGUGAAUAGACAAAAGCUGUAGCUGGGUAACCAGAAUAGCAAGAGGGCCAAACUGGUUGAGUGUCAAUAGGCUUAGGGGAGAUCACCUAAUUAACCUGCACCUCACAACGUAGGGGUGCAUUCUUGGAUUAUAAGUAGUGUCUGAAGUUAAUGUAAGCCAUUAUGAAUUUUAACGUGGCUGUGAAUGUUAAUCAGAUGUAUGUAACACUUGUUUCUGCGCCAAUGGCGACCUGUUCUUUUUUUCCAAUGUGUACAGUUAGCAUACAGGUUUGCCCAUUGACAUGAGAACGCUAUCGACUGUUGUUGAGGAUACAAAAAACAACAGCAUAUAAUUCCUGUUUUAGAAUGGAAAGUAGUCGGCUAAGGUUCACUUAUGUUCAGAGCUAAACUCGAGUAUAAGUAAUGACUGAUUAAUACCGAGCGUUUGAACUUCUUUUGAACAUCCAGUUAGAAUGAUUUCUUGUAUUUGUUAAUAUGGACGGUGGUUUACCAAUUUAGAAGCAGCUAUGCCGUAUCAUAAGGCAAACAGACAGCAUAUGCUACGUUCACUGCGAUAGCUUUGACCAGAACCUAUAUCGCUCGCAUGAAUUUUUAAGCUUCAAAAUAAAGGUAGUUUCAGAAAGA